UGAACUGCUCAUAGAAAUCUAAACUGUUGUCAUGGACGAGAAAGUACCAAGCCUCCGCGUUUCUCAAAUGGAAGCAAAGGAGUUGAAGAAAAUCAUAGAUGAAUUCGGAGAAGCUAUUGUGGAGGAAUUCGUGCAUUCAAUGCGUGAAAAUUCAAGCGUUGUGAUUACAAUACCUCCGGAGAAUGAAGACCAGAAAAGCAUAGAUAUCCAGCAAAGAGGACAAUGGCUGCGCGCCGCCGUUCUAGGAGCAAAUGACGGCCUGGUCACCACCGCCUCGCUUAUGAUGGGUGUCGGCGCAGUACAAAAGGACUCAAAAACGAUGGUGAUGUCUGGACUGGCGGCGCUGGUGGCGGGCGCCUGUAGCAUGGCUAUCGGCGAGUACGUUUCCGUACAAACGCAGCGAGAUGCUGAGCUGUCCAACCUGAAGAGAGAAAAGCAAAGCAGAGAUCCUGCUUCUCCAGUUGUGUUAUCCAAGGAAGAAAAAAAGGGGCUUCCAAACCCUACUCUGGCGGCUUUUGCAUCGGCCUUGGCAUUUGCUGUUGGAGCAGCUUUGCCUUUGCUCUCUGCUGCUUUUAUUGUUGACUAUGUUAUUAGGGUUUCAGUUGUGUCUGGAGUUUCGACAUUGGUUCUUGUUGUGUUUGGCGCCAUUGGAGCUCAUUUUGGGCGGUCGUCUGUGUGGAAAGGGAGUUUAAGAGUUUUGAUUGGAGGAUGGCUUGCCAUGUUGGUGACUUACGGUUUGCUGAGGUUCUUUAAGGCUACUACAGGAGUGUAAUUAGGGUUUAUGUUUGAGAGUUGUAAUAAGCUUUCUGUGCAGGAGUUUGAGUAGGUAAUUACUAUAUAGUAAAAUUCUAAAUACAAGUCCACAGUUCUUAGCUUUAUCUUUCUUAGGGCGGAAGAUUUAACAAUAAGAUCAGGUUGCCAAACAG